GCCCGGUCCAAAGAUUAGGACAAAUUGCACGCGCAUUAUUUAGAACAUUCAUUUUUUUAUAAUCAACAAUCAGCUUAAAAGCAAAAUGUCUCCAUCGCAAAAAGUGUAUUCAGAAAACGCAGGAAAGAUAAUUUAAUAAUGCCCGAACGGAUCUUUUGACUUGUUGUCAAUAUCAGCAAUAAUUGUCAUAAGCGGUACCAAGUUUUUUUUUAAAAUGCCUAAAGAGUAUUCACUUAGGAUAUAUAGCUUACGUUCUGGGAUACCUAUUUUAAGACUAAUAGAAAUUGCACGCCUAUAGAUAUAUAAGGCACUGCUGAUUUUCCGUCCUAAAAUGAGCCUUUCUUACUCUUUUUUUUUUUCACUCGUUUGUCUCCGAGCUUCUAUAUCACGGCGAUGUUAUUCAGAGACUAUUAUUAUUUAAAUGAUAGCAGAAAUUUACAACGAUACUAGUCAGAUCACCUUUUCUUCUGGGAGUAAUGACACCCUGUUAAGGUUUGAGUCAUCGUCCAUCAAAAACGACGUCAUUACAAAGUGAGCAAUCGAUGACUUAAUUAGAUUCCUAAGGACGAUUUAUUAUUGUUGCACUAUAAGACAUCGUCCGUCUGUGGCCACAUCCACCUUACGUUUUGGUUAAAAGAGAGCCAAGGCCCAAUGAUGUAACACGUGAAAGUGCGCAAUCGAAAGCCCCACUAGAGACACAACGUGCGUCCGAACAACACGCCGACCGGUUGGACUAUCAAGAUGCUGCAUUCCUCAAUAAUGUUAUUACUGCUGUGCGUCAGUAUCAGUACCUCGGCACCUGCGGACUCUCCCAUUCGAGUCGACUUGCCAGUAUUUGACCAGCCUCAGACAAACUUUGAUAUCCAACCGAAUACGGUUAUAGAAGCAGAGAAUUACCCAGGUGGAGAACCUGACACAAAUUCCGGGAAUUUUAUUUCGAACAAAUUACAAUCUUCUACAAAGUUCAUCAGCAACAAAAUUGAGACUCAAGUAAAGGCUUUGAAUUUCGGAGGACCCUUUGCUUCUCGAACAUCCACACUCGAGAGCGCCGUGCCAGAAACGGAAGGUUUUGGAAGUAAAACUUUAUCAGUGAAAGAAAACAUACAAAACGUUGUGGCCGGAAUAUUUCAACCUAAGCCCAUAGUAGACACAAUCAGCGAAUCAGAAAAAUACGGCAACACUGGAGACAAAUUCUACAGCGCGGGCAAAGUCAUCGUAGGUGGUGCUGAAGGAGUGUCCAAUGUAGUCAACUCAGUUCUUGAGAUUCCAGGGACCUUCAUCAGAACAAUUACCAGAGCUGCCACCGAGAAACUAAACAACCUGGGUGGAAAGCUAAUUGGUUUAUAAUCUUAAGUUUAUUACAUUUCUACUGUUUAAGUAAGAGGUAAAAUGUGUACAUAAAUAGUGUUGUUUUGUAAAAUAUUAGUUCUAGGAGAAAAUCAUUUGAAUAAAUUUGAAUAAAUAUUAUUUGAAUAAAUUUAAAUAAAUGAAAAAUGUGACGACUUAAACAAUAUUGUCUUAUUUGAAAACUAGUCUCAUUGCACUCGAUGUCCUCAGUAGAUAUUAUCCAUUCCUUAAUGUAGAAAUUUGUUUAACCAACGAGUGUUUUCCGGAUACUUUCUGCUGCUGAAAGUUUAACUCACUCAUUAAGCGGUUAUCUUAUUAUAAUAUUGAAUGUACGUUCCGAAAUAAAGAUUAUUAGCAAUAA